UACGCCCAGGGCGGAAGUGGAGGAGCGGCCGGAAGUAGUCCGAAUCCCAGUCAGACUGACCGGCUGGCGGCUUUGACAGGAGCGGGAGCUGCGGAAAGAAGUUGGUGGCAAUGGAGUUGGGCGAGCUGCUUUAUAACAAGUCGGAGUACAUCGAGACGGCAUCUGGAAACAAAGUUAGUCGCCAGUCUGUGUUGUGUGGAAGUCAGAACAUCGUUCUCAAUGGCAAGACCAUUGUGAUGAACGACUGUAUUAUCCGAGGGGAUCUGGCAAAUGUGAGAGUUGGACGUCAUUGCGUUGUGAAAAGCCGGAGUGUCAUAAGGCCACCUUUCAAGAAAUUCAGCAAAGGUGUUGCAUUUUUUCCUUUACAUAUCGGGGACCAUGUCUUUAUUGAGGAAGAUUGUGUGGUCAACGCAGCUCAGAUUGGCUCUUACGUUCACGUUGGCAAGAACUGUGUGAUUGGGCGCCGGUGUGUAUUGAAAGAUUGCUGCAAAAUUCUUGACAACACAGUUUUACCCCCAGAAACUGUGGUGCCGCCAUUCACUGUCUUCUCCGGCUGCCCAGGGGAGACAACAUGAAAAGAGAAGCAAUUUCUGGAUGGAAACGCACAUUUGGAAUUUGAAAAAGCAGUUGCACUGCCAGUGAGCCCUAGGUGAAAUGUCCAACGCCUAGAGGCUGAUGCCAGGCCAGCAUGAUGUACAUGGUUUUGAGUGGGUCAGACUGACAACAUGAAAAGGAAGCCUUGCUUGUCACUUGGACUUGGACCAUGGCUGUCUGAUACUGCAGUAUGACUUUCUGCAAGAAGCCAAAGAAAAGCAGCUGGCUCUCUUGGAAUCCCAGAUUCACUAAUUGUAAAAGUCUGCAUGUGACUAAGCUGAAAACUGGCCUCUGGGAGCUGUUUCAGCCCCAGCAGGAGCUGUGCUGACCUGGAAGCAGACACAGACUCCAUGAAUAGGACUCAGACCCUGGGACCGUUGAAGGUUUGGGACCCCUUCUGUAGAGCUCUCAUUAUGAAAACCUACAUCGUGGAUGCUGGCCGGACCGUCGGGCCACAUACACAUGCCCACAGGAGAAGGCUUAUUCUCUGAUGGGACCAUCUACAAUCAAGCUGCUGGUCAGCUCUUUGUCGCGAAUGCGGAGGCUACCUGCAUCCUGAUUUGUGAUCCCUGCCAGUGUUGGGGGAGGGCACAUCACAGGGACUGUGACCCCUCCACCUGCUGUUGAAGAUCAGACUCUGGGCCUUCUUGGCAAGGAUGUCUCACGGGUGUUGACUUGUGUUCGACUUUCUAGAGUAGUUGCGGCUUAACCACAGUGGGCUGAUAGCCUGAUUCUAUUUCCUUACUGCACCCUCCCACCCCCAUACACACCUAGUAAGGUAGGUUCAUUAUUUGAAUAUAGCUGUCUCAAGAGGGAUUGAUCUAGGCUGUUCACUGAAUAAAAGGAAUGGGAGAUGAUGUACACCCAUUUGGAAACUUUUGAAAAUUCAAGCUUUCAUCCUCCACUAGUCUGCCAGGGCUCCCAGAACAAAAUGCCUCAGACUGGGGGGCUUAAAUUAGAGAAAUAUGUGCUCUCACAGUUCUAGAGGCCUGCAGUCCUAGACCAAGGUAUUGGUGGGUUUGACUUCUCUCAAGCCCUCUCUCUUGGCUUAUAGAUUCUCACCGUGUCCUGACAUAGUCGCCCCUCUGUGCUGUCUGUAUCCUGAUCUUCUCUUCUUCUAAGGACACCAGUCAGUUUGGAUGAGGGCCUACCCUAGUGAUUCUAUUUUAAUUCAGUCAGCUCUUUGAAAGUCUUGUUUCCCAAUAGAGUCACAAUUCAGAGGUACUGGGGGUUAAGGCUUCAACAUAGGAAUGGCAGAGGGGACACAAUUCAACCCCUGUAACACAUCCUGACCAAUGCCUGAAUUUGUCUUUCUGGUUAAGUUAGAUAAAAAUGUUUAUCUGCAAAAA